AUGAGCGAGGGCAAACUGGCUAUCUUGGAAGAAAUGGAAAACCCGAAUUUUUUCGAAGAGAAAAAAGGAGGUGCAUCGACGAUAUCGGAAUAUGAAGAGUUUCAGGGAAGAGAAGAUUAUACCAAUUGUCCGACUUGUCAAGGGAUCGGGCGAGUAGCGAGGAAGAAUUUAAAUGAGCUUGUCGCGCUCGUUCCUGCAAGUGACGAUCGAUUAAAACCUCGCAACGACAAGCGAAAUCUCUUUAUCGGCGGGAUGGUAGUCCUCGUUGUCUGCGGCCUUGUCGGAGGCCUCGCUAUUUUUUUCCUCCUCCCUCGAGUCGUCAUGGUCUCAAUGCGCACACCUUCCCGUGACUCCGUCAUCGUUUGCCCCCAAAAUGGAACGGAGCCGCCCUGCACUGAGCCGACCAACGCUCAUGGCGCAGUUUUGAUGAACCUGACCGUGCCAUUGCAUUUGGACAAUUGCAACUUUCGAACAGGAGAAAUUUCUGCGGUUGAUUUUGAAAUUCUUUUUGGAGGAGUCAUCAUUGGAUCAAAUAAGCUCCUGAAACCUGGUCAUGUGAAUUCCAGAUCUGAAGGAACCUUCAAUACGACCAUUCCUGCCGCGGUCACGAGUAAAAUCAACCCUUAUGCAGUAGAAGCCUGCCAACCGGACGCGAGCGGACCUCAUCUGAUGGUCAUCCACUUCGAAAUCACAGUGAACGUUACAGUCCACGAUACAGUCCAGCAGACGGCAUUGCAGCAGUAUUGCUACAUAAACUGCAGCCCGGCAGUUUCUGAUAUAACAUGUGUUUUAUAA